AUGCAGGCACCCGUGGUUUACUUGAAUACGACCACCCAGAGACAGUCUGGCCACCAGGCGCAGAUUGCCAACAUUACUGCUGCUAAGGCAGUGGCUGACAUCAUCAGAACAUGUUUGGGCCCCAAGGCGAUGCUUAAGAUGUUAUUGGAUCCAAUGGGAGGGAUUGUAUUGACCAACGAUGGGCAUGCAAUUCUUCGUGAAAUUGACGUGUCUCAGUCAGCUGCCAAGUCUAUGAUUGAGUUGAGUAGAACUCAAGAUGAAGAAGUUGGUGAUGGUACCACUUCAGUGAUCAUUUUAGCUGGGGAGAUUUUAGCCCAAACUUUCCCAUACAUUGAGAAACACAUCCAUCCUGUUGUUAUCAUUAAGGCUUUGAAACAAGCAUUGAAUGAUGCUUUGGCUAUAAUACACGAGAUUUCUGUUCCGGUUGACAUUUACAAUAAUGAAGCUAUGAUUAAGUUGAUUAAAGCAUCUAUUGGUACCAAAUAUGUUAACAAAUGGUCUGAAAAAAUGUGUGAAUUGGCUUUAAAAGCCGUAAGAACCGUGGUUAUAGAUCAAGGUGACCAUAAAGAGAUUGAUAUCAAAAGAUACGUUAGAAUCGAAAAGAUACCCGGUGGAGAAGUCACUGAUAGUGAAGUAUUAGAUGGUAUUUUAUUAAACAAAGAUGUCACCCACCCUAAGAUGAAGAGAUACAUUGAAAACCCGAGAAUCAUAUUAUUGGAUUGUCCCUUGGAAUAUAAAAAGGGUGAAUCACAAACUAAUAUUGAGAUCUCAAAGGAAGAAGAUUGGAAUCGGAUUUUACAAAUUGAAGAAGAACAAGUAAAGUUAAUGUGUGAACAAUUAUUAGAAUUCAAACCUGAUUUGGUGAUUACUGAAAAGGGUGUUAGUGAUUUAGCUCAACAUUAUUUGUUAAAGGGAGGAGUCACUGCUUUAAGAAGAGUCAAGAAAACUGAUAAUAACCGUAUUGCUCGUGCGACUGGUGCUACCAUUGUUAACAGGAUAGAAGACUUGAAAGAAUCUGAUGUUGGUACUAGAUGCGGAGUUUUCAAAGUGGAAUUGAUUGGUGAUGAAUACUUCACUUUUAUUGUUGAAUGUCAGGAGCCCCAAGCAUGUACUGUCAUGUUAAGAGGAGCUUCUAAAGACAUUUUAAAUGAAGUUGAACGUAAUUUACAUGAUGCUAUGGCUGUCACUCGGAAUGUAAUGUUUGAACCUUCAUUACUGCCUGGUGGAGGUGCUACUGAAAUGGCCAUUAGUGUAAAAUUAUCUGAAAAGGCUAAAUCUAUUGAAGGUGUUGCCCAAUGGCCAUAUCAAGCUGUGGCCGAUGCUUAUGAAGUUAUCCCAAGAACAUUGAUUCAAAACUGUGGUGGUAAUACCAUUCGUACCAUGGCUCAAUUAAGAGCUAAACAUGCCGAGGGUAAACAUACUUUUGGUAUUGAUGGUGAUAAUGGGAAAGUCGUCGAUAUGCAAGAUUAUGGCAUUUGGGAACCAGAAGCUGUUAAACUGCAAUCUCUUAAAACAAGUAUAGAAAGUGCUUGUCUUUUAUUAAGAGUCGAUGAUAUUGUUAGUGGUGUUCGGACGACUCAAUAA